AUGCCCUGCCCUCGGCCGCCCUGGCUCCGUCACCCCCGUACCCCUCAGGGCGUGGGCCCCAGUUCCCUGGGCUCGCUCUCUGCCUCCCGCUCCCCCAGCAGGGGGACAGACGAGGAUGAGGACGAGGAGGAGGGGGACGGCAGCCCGGGCUCGGGCCCCAUUCUGCCCCCCGCGUCUCCCGUGGAGUGCCUCAUCUGUGUGUCGCCCUUUGAUGGCGUGUUCAAGCUUCCUAAGCGCCUGGACUGCGGCCACGUCUUCUGCCUCGAGUGCCUGGCUCGCCUGUCUCUGGCCACGGCGGGCGGCGGUGACGCGGUGGCCUGCCCGGUGUGCCGCGCGCCCACACGCCUAGCCUCGCGCGGGGGACUGCCCGCACUGCCCACGCAACCCAGCCUACUGCCCCCUGACGCACGCGCGCCGCCAGCACGCCAGGGCUCUGUGCGCUUCGACCGGCGCCGUGGGCUGCUCUAUCUGCGCCCACCGACCACACCCGGGCCGCGCAAGGCCCGCAACGUGCGCCCUCCAGCCCCACCGCCGCUGCGCCUCGGCCGGCCUCUGUCGCGCCGUCUGACACUGGACAGCCCGACCUGGGCCUUCAACGCAGCAGUGGCAUUGGCCGUGCUGGUGGCCGCGGGCCUUGUUGUCUCUGGCGUCUACAUCUUCUUCCUCAUCCCGCAUGCCACCUCCUCUGGCCCUGCGCGGCCCCAGCUCGUGGCGCUCGCCCCAGCGCCCGGCUUCUCCUGGUUCCCGCCUCAGCCUAUGCCUGGGACACCCUGGACCCCUGCCUGGACGCCGCGCCCCAUAGACCGUGACCUGGACGCCGCCCUGCCAGGGGCUGCGGAGGACGCACUGGAGCCCAAGGGGAGUCCCGAGGACCCAGCGGAGGCCGAGGGGAUGCUGGACAGGCCCUCGGACGGCAUGUGGGGGACAGAGGGUGGUCCGCUCUGGGCCUCACGGGCACGGGGCAGGAGAAGGGUGUGGGGGCCACAGUAAACGCAUCCGUGUUGCAGGCCCUGUCUCCAGGCCUGUGGACUUCUGCAUCGUGCUGGUGAGGUCCUGCCAGGACCACUAGCCACUAUCCCCUGAGGCUUACUUAGCAGGGCACAUGGCAGGCAUGCAUUUCUCCAUAAGGAAGCCUGGCGGGAUCAUUGCUAUGGGACAAGGACCCUCUAAUGGAGGCAACUCCUAUCAAUUCCACAGGGACCCGCUGGAACACCCCAAUCCCAAUCUCUGGGGGCAUCCAGCUGAGAGAGCCCUGACCCCAUCAUUGUAAAAGUUUUGCCGGGAGAUACUCCUAAAUCUGGUUUCCAUUAGGGUCCAGUGGGAGUCUCCUGGUCCUCAUCCCUCAUGAGGAGGGCCUGCUAGGGGCAACCCAGCCCUGACCCUCACAAGGGUCCUGAGUGCACCCCCAGGCAUUAUCAGGGCCCUGGGGGGAGCAUCCUCAGCGGCACCAGGGGCUGAAGGCUCUGAAAAUCCCUGCAGGUGGCUGUGGGCCCCCAUCCUUAGAGGGCAAAGCUGCUGCUCCUUUUAUUCCCGAGCCAACUCCCCUGACUGGGCCAUUGUGAAGCCCUCAGGCCGUGGAAUUUGUUUUCUACUCUGCUGCCCACAGGCUGGACCCGGAUGGGAUUCAGUUGUCUCCAUGCUGGUACUGGGUUGCCACCCUACACAUCUGGCUGGGGUUUGGGCUUGGAGUGGCAUUGGUGGCCUAUCCAGAACUGGGGAGGGACAGGUAGGGUCUGAGCCUCAAAGACUGGCUCCCACCUUGUUGCUGAGUACCAACUUGCGAUGGGAACCUUGACUUCCCCUAUGGGUCCUGGCUUCUAGGAUCCUCCUGAUAUACUGUGGGGCAGCUGUGGUCACCAAGGCUCAGAGGCCAAGGUUGUCCUCUGGGUCGACAGUGUCAUGUGAUUUGGGGAGUUGCUCCUGGACAUCGCUGGCCUGCCCAAAGGGUCCUGGACCCUCUUUCUAGCUGCUAUAGCCCCUACCACUCCCAUAUCCACUCACUGAUCUCUCAGGGCCAAUUACUAUACCUCCUCUCCAGGGCUCCCUCAGCCUUUCAUGGCAUCCCUGUUGUGCCCCCAGGUGAAGCCUCAGCCCUCUCUGUGGACAGCAGCCUCCAGGGAGGGCCGCUCUUGGGUUCCUGCCCUCUUCUUCUCAGAAGCCUUACUGGGUUAGUCACAGCAGAGUAGAUGGCAGCCACCCUCUGCACAAAUUGAACAUGAAUCAUCUCCCCUGCUCCCAGCCAUGGGCCUCCCCCAUCCUGCCUUGCUUCACCCAGGGUGAAGUGAGGGGAUGCUGUGCAGCCAGUGGGAAUUGGCAUUUUCCAAUGUGGUUUCUAUGUGGCUGGAGGGUCCUGUUUGCUUUAUUUACAUGUGUGUCCUUCUGUGCCUGGCAUACAGUGUGUGCCAAAUAAUUUUCAGGGGAGUGACAGCAUUGCAGGUGACCAGAAGGCAGCCUGGGAAUGCCUGUAGGCACCCUGGGUUCACCCGGCUGCCAGCCACCCUGACUUAGGCAGUCAGUGGAGUGCCUUCUGAUACCAGCUGCUGCUUCCAGGUGGGAAACCUGGCAGGAACAGCAGGGAGUCUGAGGGAGUGUCUUCCCAGACCAGUUCUCAUCCCACACCCAUGUGCCGAUGUCACCCAUAGCCCAGCCCCACAGGGAGGGGACCCGAUCAGGCAGGUGCAGGUUUGGCGACAUGUAUUGGGUUUCUCUGUCUACUGCAAUAAAUUUCCACCAACUCAGUUCUUUAGAAAGACACAGUUCUGCAGGUAAGUCUUGUGACCAGUCUCAGUGGGCUGAAACCCUUCAGGGCUCAUUCCUUCUGGAGGCUCUAGUGGAAAAUAGGUCUCUUAGCUUCUCCAGCUUCUAAGGCUGCAUUCCUUGGCUUCCUCCUCCAUCUUCAAAGCAGCAGCAUAGCAUCUUCAAAUCUCUCUCCCAUCUUCCUGCCUCUACCUCCCUCUUUCACUUAUAAAGACACUGGGAUGACACUGAGCCCUCCCAGAUAACCCAGGAUAAUCACCCCAGCUCAACAGCGUUAACUUAAUCAUAGCUGCAAAGUCAAUCUUGCCAUACAAGGUAACAAGACUCAGAUUCCAGGGAUUAGGAUCUGGGUAUCUUUGGGGUCCAUUAUUCACUUUACAUAGGGUCUCCAAUAUCUCCCUCCUCAUCCCUUCCCUCCUGCACCCCAAGCUGAAGAGUGGUGAGGGGAGCGCAAAAGACCUGGCAGGGAUGAGCCCAGCCAGGGGGGUCAGAGAGAAGCCCUUGGCUGGUGGUGCACAGAAGGAGAAAAUACUCUGCCUAAGGAUGUUCAGGGAAGGCUGCCUGGAGGAAGAGACCUCAGAGCUAUAUCUUCAAGGAUACUCAGGGGAAAUGCCAGCUGGCAUUGACUCAGGGGGACCUGGAGCAGUGAGGUGGUGGCUGAGGGCAGUGGGCAGGUCUGGCCCCUUCCUCCCUGUCCUAACCAGCUUCCUCCUGGGGGCUACAAGUAAGCUUGGCUUCUCCACCCUCCCAGCUGGGAGCUGGAGGCCUCAGUUUCUCCUCCUGUAAAAUGAGGCCAAUGACAGAGCCCAGGGGUCACUGAGCAUCCCUUUCUGAUUAAUAUCUCGAUGCCUGCCUGCCCACUACCCAGGAACAAAGCGGCUGUCCGACACCACCCUGGGGCCAGGAUCAUGGGGAACUCCUCUCCAUCCUUGCUUAUCAUCCUCUGUGGCCACCUGGAGCAGUGCCCUCCAAGCUCCUCCCCCUGCCUACUCCAUCCCUACUGGACUCCCCAUUCCAGGUCCUGUGAACACCCAGAGAGUGGGUCAGCUUCAGUGCCUGGCAUGGUGCCAGAGAGGACUGUACCCACCAGCCUUUGGUUCUCUCUUCUGUAAAACAGGCAACAAUAAACACUCUACUUGCAGAG